AUGUCCUAUCCAUCACCCACUCGAUCACCCACUCCCUUCCCUUCCCCUCCACGCAUCAUACACCGUCUCAUAUAUGGUCCACCCACUCCAAAGCCACCUACAGACACGGCACACGUCUUUGCUCUCAUACGCUCUUAUGCUCCAGACUAUGCUCUCACUAUACUCCUCUUCUUCAUAUUCGGUCUCAUCGCUCAUCGUCCAGGAUUCAAACAACAAUUCUCAACUUUAGAUCCAUCCAUACAGCAUACUUAUGCACAACACGAACGCGUCCCAAUGUGGGCAGCAGUCCUCAUCGCAGCCGUAUUCCCCUUCACCUGCUUCCUCUUCAUAGGCGGGGUAUGGCUCCGCUCAUUAUACGAUUUGCACGCUGCUACCCUCGGUCUCCUCCUUACCUUGUCCCUCACCACUGUCCUCACAGACCUCUGCAAGCUCACCGUCGGACGCCCACGUCCAGACCUCCUCGCCCGUUGUCUCCUCCCUCCCGAUACGUCAGACGCCGGUUUCCCCUACUACGGGCUCGUCUCCGCCUCCCUUUGCACCCAAACCAACCAGCACAUCCUCAACGACGGCUUCAAGUCCUUCUUCUCUGGACACUCUUCCUUCUCCUUCGCAGGUCUCGGUUUUCUCUCCUUCUACCUCGCGGGGAAAGUUGGCCUCUGGGAUAGGAAAGGCCACGCUAUCAAACCGUGGAUAUGUGGUGCUCCGCUCGUGGUCGCAGCGCUCGUUGCUAUCAGCAGGGUCAUGGACUAUAGACAUCAUUGGCAGGACAUUGUUGUUGGGAGCUUGGUGGGGUGGCUCAUGAGCUGGUUCGUUUACCGUCUCUACUACCCACCCCUCACUUCCCCACACGCUUCCAAGCCCUACGCACCGCGCGUACCCCCAUCCGCUCUCUCAGAACAUCACACCAUCCUCCCACUGCACGUCUACUCUCUCGUCUCCAACCCGACCCUUCCCUCCAACCCAAACCCAGCUCGUGAUCCGGAGCUGGAUCAGGACACAGUGCCGGAAGGGAUUGUACCCAGGGAAGAGAGGUGGGGGAGAGGAACACCGAAGUAUACGGCUAUCCCGACUGAGCAAGAUGUUUGGCGGGAGGAAGAGGGGAGGGGGCAGCCCCAGGGAAGUAGGGUGUAG